CAACAUGGAGGGGUCCAUGUACAUCAUGUCAUCCAAAAACUUCCCCAAUAAACCUGUACUCCUGUAGUUGAAUUUUCUUAAUCGACCUCUACUCAUAUAGUCAUAUACAACGCUGCAAAAAACAUGGCCGGCACUGCUACUGCCGCUGCCGUGACCCAUAUUUUAGUCAUUCCAUACCCAGCUCAAGGCCACAUGCCUGCCCUGCUAGACCUGACCCAUCAAUUAGCUCUCAGAGGGCUUAAAAUUACAGUCUUGAUCACCCCAAAAAACCUCCCUGCCUUAACCCCACUGCUUUCAGCCCACUCAACUUCCAUAGAAACCUUAGUCUUACCUUUACCUCCUCACCCUAAAGUACCUCUAGGGGUAGAGAAUCUAAAGGAUAUUGGAAAUUCCGGUAAUGCGCCCAUCACUGCUGCACUUAGCAAGCUAGAAGAGGAAGUUAUCCAGUGGUUCCGGUCCCACACUUCGCCCCCUCAAGCUAUAAUCUCUGAUUUCUUCCUUGGGUGCACCCAACAUUGGGCAACACAGCUCAACAUACCAAGAAUUGCAUUCUAUUCAGUAUCUGCACUUUUGACCUGUAUACUUACCCAUCUAUGGGAGCAUUCGGACAAACAGAAUAUUUCAAGCAUUUUUGAAUUUCCAGAUCUGCCCUCGUCGCCUUCCUUCACUCUUGACCAGUUACCUUCUAUAUUUAGGAAGUUCAAGGAGGGUGAUCCUGACUGGGAGAUUGUUAAGGAAGGCCUGCGUGCAAACCCCAAGAGUUGGGGAUAUGUAUUCAAUUCUUUUUACGCCUUGGAAGGGGACUAUUUGGAUCACUUGAAGAAGGACCUGGGUCAUGGCCGUGUCUACACCGUUGGCCCAUUAAGCUUAAAAGGCUUAUCCAAGAGGGUUAACCCAGGUUUAGAUACCAGAUAUGAUGUGCUCAACUGGCUUGAUACAUGCCCUGAUAGUAGUGUGCUGUAUGUCUGUUUUGGAAGUCAAAAGCUGCUGACAGAGCCUCAAAUCAGAGCUCUGGCUUUAGGUUUGGAGCAAAGCAAGACCCGGUUCAUAUGGGUGGUCAAGUCUGACUCAAGUCAACAGGUACCAGAUGGGUUUGAGGAGCGGGUUUCUGAUCAGGGUAUGGUGCUAAGAGGUUGGGCUCCACAACCAGAAAUACUGAGCCAUAAAGCAGUAGGCGGGUUCAUGAGUCACUGUGGGUGGAAUUCAUUGUUAGAGAGUGUUAUAGCAGGAGUGAUGAUUUUAGCUUGGCCAAUGGAAGCAGACCAGUUCCAAAAUGCCAAGCAGUUAGUUGAGUAUGCAGGGUUGGCAAUUCGACUAUGUGAAGGUGAACACACGGUGCCUGACUCUAAUUCAUUGGCUCAAAUCAUAUGUGAGUCAAUUGGUCAAGAUAUACCACAGAAGGCAAGGGCUAGGGCAAUGAGGGAGAAGGCAUUAGAGGCAGUUAAAGAUGGCAGAAGUUCAGCAGUUGGCCUAGAUGAGCUGGUGAAAGAACUCAACCAGCUUGGAGUACCAAAGACGAGUUGAGAAAAGAGGCAGUUUCUGCAAUAAUAAUUACACUAUCACCAGUCAUGAGCCUCUCUAAGCUGAAGAAUAAGCAAUCAUAAGUCUUAAUAAUUUAUUAAGAAUAGUUACACCAUCAUCAGUUAUGAGCCUCUCAAAGCUGAAGUAUAAGUAGUCAACAGCCUUUAUAAUAAUUUAUUAUAAGAACCAAAGUUAAUUUAAGAAAAAAAGCCUUUGCGGCUGCUGUUGCAGAGUUGAUGUACGCAAACAGGAUUAUCUUUGUGAAAAUUAAUUUAUAAUUUGUAAAUCUAUUCAGGUGUGUAUGCUGAGGUUUUCA